AUGUCCUGUUGGGCACCCUUAUUGGCUUUGGUUCUGGGUCUAUCCUUAACCAUCUCUGAAGGUAUCCAUUAUGAAGGCCACUCUCUGGGCCGGCCAUGUCUCCCUGGCCAGCCUUGCGUGUUAGCAUUUAUCGCCGAUAACCCUGUGAUCCUGCGUUGCCCGCACUCUUCCUACAGAGGUUCCAUCACUUGGCAAUACCUCGACCCAUCUUGGACCGAUGAGCAACCCCUCACCUUCUUACAGUCAGGCGGGACUUCCUGGCCCCUGUUUAGCCAUGACAAGUUGCAGAGACUACGUUUCAAAUCCCGACUGAUCGCCAGCAACCUUUAUAUCCCAAGUCCCCGCAUAGAAGAUUCUGGUUUGUACACCUGCCGUGCAGGAGAUGCCAUCUUUGGCUAUUAUGAGGUUGACUUCCAGGACGCCGGGCAUCUCCAUGUAUCCCAUGUAGGCCUGGGAGAGACCCCCUUGGGCAACGCUACGGUGCAGCUCGGCAAGGGAGCCCAGGCCACCCUGUUCACCUCCUGGAGCCCUUGGCAGCCUUGCGAUCGCUGUGGCCGCCCCGGGGAACGUAAGCGAGUGGGGUUUUGCUAUGCCCAGCUGACUACGAUGGACUCUGAGGAGGAAAUGCCAUUUCCUUGUGGGAUGGCUAGGCAGAAGUAUUUGAUGUUGCCACAACGGGUACCAGAGCUGAGAAUAGAAAACUGUCAAAUGCCCUGUGACAGAUAUGCUAGCCAAGAGGAGCCCAACUGGGUACCAUUCCUGGUCUUUACCAACUACCACCCUCAAGAAAAAGCCACUGCUCACCUUCGCUGCCCAGCAUCUUCCAUCUACAGCCCCGUCUACUGGCAGGUAGGUCUCACAACGUUGACACACCUUCAACUUCUCCAGAAGAACUCCAGCUUCUCCAGAAAUACCCAAAGCCUGGACAAAGCCACUGGUGGUGGGAUCCUACACCUUUCCUUCCAGAACGAUUCACACAGCAUUUUCUACCAGUGUUUCGUGAAUGGACAUUUAGCGGGCAAGUUUUUAGUUACCUCUCCUAAUGCAGUGAACCCACCAGGGGAGCUGGCUCACACAUACUCCAUCAUUGAGGCCUUGGUGGUGGGCCUCUCCAUAUUCCUGGUGUUCCUGAUGUUUCUCAGCAUAAUCGAGUCCUGCAGGAGGAAACCAGAAACAACAGUGGUCUAG